CAUAAAAAUAGGCGUUACCCUUUGGUUAUUAAAACUUAUUUAAUGUGCACAAGUGGUUUCGUGGUAUGUGUUAAGGCAGUGGUAAAUCUCACUUCUCCACAUUACACUCUCUCUUCUCUCUAUCAUUUUAUCGUAGAGACAUAGAGGACAGUCUUAGCCUCUAGCCUGUUAUAUCAGGGUUUGUAUUCCCCCAAUACUACUGGAGAAAGACAGCUGUAGUACUAUGCCUUAUGAAGAAGUGGAGCGCCUUGUCCGCAAGGAGAAACUGGAAGAGAAAUAUGACGUUGGAGCUGAACUGGGAAGAGGAAAAUUUGCUAUAGUCAAGCGUGUGACUGAAAAGGCAAGUGGGGAGCAGUUCGCUGCCAAGUUCCUGAGGAAACGUCGUGGUGGCAAGGCCUGUAGGGAUGACAUCAUUGUGGAGGUGGAUAUAAUGAGACAGUCCAUGGGCCAUCACCGGAUCAUAAAACUUCGUGAGGUUUUCGAAUCACCCAGAGAAAUGAUAAUUAUUAUUGAACUCGCCACUGGAGGAGAACUGUUUCGCAUGAUUGCCGUGGACCCUUUACCCGAAGACAAAGCAAGAGGCGUGGUCCUCCAACUACUAGAGGGCGUGGAACACCUUCACUCCCUCAGUAUCGUCCACCUGGACCUAAAGCCCGAGAAUAUUCUUCUUUAUCGUAAAGGACAGUUGGACAUUAGAAUUGCUGAUUUUGGACUUGCACUGCAAAUAGCUCCUGGGGAACAAGUAAAAACUCUUGUUGGUACUGCAGAAUAUGUUGCUCCAGAGAUAUUGAAUUAUGAGCCGCUCAGUGUUGCUGCAGACAUGUGGAGUAUUGGAGCUCUUACUUAUGCUUUGCUGACUGGCUAUUCACCAUUUCAGGGCGAGACUCACUCCGACACUUUCUGUAACGUCUCCAUGUGCGAGUAUGAUUUUGAGGAUGAGGUUUUUGACGAGGUCAGUCAAGAGGCAAAGGAUUUCAUUGAAGAGCUCCUUCAAAAGAAGCCGAGUGAUCGUCUUACUGCCACUAAGUGUUUGAGUCAUCCCUGGAUGAAGAACCACAGCCCAACUGUCCUCCCCACCUCAUCCACAGUUUCUUCUUCCUCUCAUUCCUCCGCCCCUCAGUCCCAAUGUCUCCACAGCUCAACAAGCUCGCUCGACUCCGCCCUUUGUCUCGACAGUAAUAACUCCUCCCUUGACCCCUCCCCCAGCUCUAGCGCCUCCUCUUCCUUUGCCCCCCGGCCGUCCGGUCGUAGCGGAGACGACGACGAACAAGAAGACAUGAAGAAACAGCUGACAGAGAAGGUCUCAAAGCUCUGUACCGAGAUGCAGAAAGUGGACAGCAGCAAUAGCGCUCUAAGAGUGAACAUGAUUGGCUCCGCUAGCUCAAUAAGCAGCUCUGAUAGUAACACCACAGUGAGGGUCGAUGAGGAGGACGGGGGGAUAGAGUCUAGGGAAAUGACGGGUACAUCCUCUGAGCCAGAGCCGUCAUUGACCCCGCCCUUUUCUUCUCAGUUGGCCACGCCCACUCAAACCGGCUCCAGUCAAUCGUUUGAUUUGAGUCGGCAGUCGAGAAUGAUGUCCUCUUCUCCUAGACCAUCCAUGGAAGAUGAUACUGGGGUCGGUAAACGGCCUAACUCGCGACUGACCACGCCCAUUGACGAACUGAUAUCCCUCGCUCCAGAUACGAUUGAGAAAAUGAAAAAACUCGAGAGACUCAAACGCAAGAAAGACGAAGCACAGCAGGGGGAGGAGCCAAAGGGCCGUCAAGCACUCACUAAGACACUCUCUACCGGACAAAGUUGCAUUUCUCCUCGUGGAAGUGACAGGCGUAUCAGUAGCCCCGCCUCCAUUAAGAAUCAGAAAUUGAGCAUAAAGGCACAAGAAGGAUCCUUCGCUGAAGAAGAGGAAGCUAGAGGAGCAGAGGAUACACAGAAGCCAUCGAACAGUCCAACAAACACUGGCAGCACUCCUACUGUACCUAAUGUUGCUGCUGAUGCUAAGGCCAAAGACAAUAAUGAGAUCAGUAGUACAGCUAAGGAAUUAGCUGCCAGCAGUACUGCUAAGAAAUCGACUGCCAGCAGUACGGCUAAGGAAUUGACUGCCAGCAGUACGGCUAAGGAAUCAGCUACCACUAGUACUACUAAAGAAUCAGCUGUCACGGGUAGUGUUCCUGAUACUGCUAAGACUAGUAAUGAAAAAGCACUGGAAGCUACUGCUCCUACAAGUACGAAGAAUGCAAAGAUACAGAAAGACUAUGCUGACAAGAUAAGCUUCACUCUUAAUAGUCAGUUUGUUGAAGCAAGAAGGAGUCCUAAAGUCCUCAACGUUAAGCCAGCCAUUGAUAAGAAGGUUAUAUUUUUCUCACAAGGUGGAGCAGAUCAAUCCAUCACUGGUAGUGGAGGUGGUAUUGAGAAGAGGAGUCCGUCUUCAUUUAAAAGGGACAUAUUAUUGAGUAAAACUCCCAAACAAGAUGAUGAGAAGCCAAGAUCAAAGUCAGAAACGCCUUCAUCUCCUAUCGUCAGUUCUAAGGAUUUUGCUCCUCCUCCUUCUCGCUCCAUUAAGUCCUGUUCCCCUGUCAGCACUACCAUGACUGAAGUGAAAAGACGAGCCAAGAAGACACAAGAUCGUAAGUCAUGGAGGAACACACCGCACAUUGAUCCUGAUGUAAUAGAAGCCAUGUUAAGGGGAGAGUUUGAUAUAGACGAUGAUGAAUCCAGCAGCGAGGCUAAGCUUGAGACCAUGAAAGAAGAAGUAGAGCCUCGUAAUGAAAGUCCUCUAGCAGGAAGGACAGGGACAGUAGUUCUUUCUGGUACCAAAUCCCAUGUGUCACUGUCACCCACAGCCACGCCUAUCUUAAAGAAAGGCUGCUUUUCGGACCCUCACCUGGAGAGGGUGACAAAGAGUGAAUCUCCACGUCGAGUUGUGAUGAUGGUCUCAGCAACAAGGCCUGAGACGUCCCUUGAGAGUUCCUCAUCUCCUGAUCGGACUCCGCCUAUAAUGCAGAGUCCUUUGAAGAGCCCAGGCUGCCUCAGCCAGACCGAUGCGACGGUGAUGACAAGCCCAGAGAAAACUCACCUCUCUGCCCUCCAGUCGUCUCUCUCCCUCUCUCGCUCGACUCCAGACUUGAGCACUAUCCUUAGCUCUGGCAAGCACUCUAAACGGAGUCAAGGAUUGAAAGAGGAUACUUAUGUCACGGGCGGAGGUUCUUCAAUGUUCUCCUCUCGUAAAAACAGCAUCAGUCGAUCUCCUGGGAUUAGAUCCAGUCUUCUCAGUAAUCUGACAAAUCGUAGCAAGCGAUCUUCGAGAGAAAAAUUGAAAUAGAUUUUAGAAGCAGUAAUAGCAGCUGUGCAUUUUACUCUCUUUCCCUCCCUUUCUCUCUCAAACUAUGUAUAUACAGUUAAUUAUAAACUAUCAUUGUUCAUGUAUUGUGCUAAUAAUAAUAAUAAUGAUGAUGAUGAUGAUGAUAUGUAAUGAAUAUAAUAAUGUGAAUAUGUAUUGUAGUUAUCUCAUGUGUAUUUUUGUUUUCUUGUUGUUCAUUCUUUAUUUAAAUUAAAAAUGAUUAAGUCA